CGCCGCUCCUCGGACCCGCUCGAAGGAAGCGGACAGUCCGACCUGAGCCGCAAACGCCAGGAGCGGACUGUGGGCGCCGCAGGCCUCUGCACACGCGACCCCGGAGGUCACGGCGAGCUACAGGGGCUGCGGGAGAAGCCAUCGCUCGGCACGCGGAAGGCCAGUCCCUCCCGGUCUCCUCAGCAAGGAAAGAAAGUGCCGCGGCCUCGGAAGCCGUCUCUCGAACUAAACGUCCCAGGGUGCUUUGCGCCCCCGAGCGGACAGUGCGGCCACUGCGCCUGCGCUCGCGCGGCCGGGUCCUCGCGGCGGGGAGGCUGCGGUCCCCGCUGGAGCCGGCGCGGCAGGGACCGGGCGAGGGUCGACCGCCACCGCAGCCGCCGAGCCAGGGAACGAUGUGGGUUUUUGGUUACGGGUCCCUGAUCUGGAAGGUGGACUUCCCCUAUCAGGACAAGUUGGUCGGAUACAUCACAGGCUACAACAGGCGCUUCUGGCAGGGAAGCACCGACCACCGCGGGGUCCCCGGCAAGCCUGGAAGAGUUGUGACUCUUGUUGAAGAUCCUGGGGGUUGUGUAUGGGGUGUUGCUUAUAGACUGCCAGUAGGAAAGGAAGAAGAAGUAAAAGCAUACCUUGACAUCAGAGAGAAAGGAGGCUACAGAACCACAACAGUCCUUUUUUAUCCAAAAGAUCCCACAACAAAACCAUUCAGUGUGUUGCUAUAUAUUGGAACAUGUGAUAAUCCUAAUUACCUUGGUCCUGCACCUCUUGAAGACAUUGCUGAACAAAUUUUUAAUGCAGCUGGUCCAAGUGGAAGAAAUACAGAAUAUCUUUUUGAACUUGCAAAUUCUAUGAGGAAUCUUGUGCCAGAAGAUGCAGAUGAGCAUCUUUUCUCUUUGGAAAAAUUAGUAAAGGAACGUUUAGAAGGAAAACAGAACCUCAAUUGCUUAUAAAGACCUAAUCACUGCCUUUUUCAAACAAGCAGAGCUUUUAGUCUUCAGAGAAUAGCUUCAUGCACACUGGCAAUAUGAUUUGGAAAGACGUUUACUUGAAUGUCUUAUUUAUUUUUAAUGUUGUAGUCAAGAUAUGAUCAAAAUGUGCAGUUUAAUUGCAAGUAUCCUGAAACAUGUAAAUAUUUAAAAUACUGGGAUACAGUUAAAGAAAAAAAUCCAAGUUUUAAUAAUAUAAUGGUUUCCUAACUAUAUGAUAUUGAACACUUGCUCAUGAGAAGUGAGUUCUUUAGAAAAAUGCAAUGAAGGACUCAGUUCAGAGCUUGUUUUUAUCAGAGUAAAUAUAAUUCUGUUGUCUCAUAUCACAGUAGUAUUUUGAAGUUGUAGAGAAUUAAGCCAAAGUCCAGCAAAUAUAAUAAGGUAAUACCUUCAAUCUAUUUCCUGUACAAUAAUUCUGUAACCAUGGUUUAAAAUAUACAAGCUUAAAAUAAUGUGUAAUUAGAAAUAUGUGGUAAUAUAGACAAGAUUUCAGCCUCGAUUGUGAACUUCCUUGUUCAGGUAGUAAAUAAGACUCUUUCCAAUUUAAGUCCAAAAGACUGGCAUCUUUAAUAUAAAUAUGUCCUUACAAUUAUAAUGUACUGUACCUCUCCUUUUUUAAAUAAAUGCAUUUUACUACAUGGAAAAAAAACUCAUUUGGCUAAAAAAAGCAGAAAUUACAUUAUAAAAUCAUAUUCACUAACAAUAUAGUAUGUCAUUCAUUCACUUUGUAUUAAUCUUAUACUGAAAAUUACAAAAAGAGAGAUGGCCUUUCUGAUAUUACAAAUUAACAGAAACACAUAUAAUGAAAGUUUGGUAUUUGAAA